AAAUGGCUUUGGUAACAUAAUUUGCUACUCCCUUUGAAUUUAAAAGAUUGAUGUCGUAUGAUUUGCACACAUGUUAAUAACAUUAAAUAUAUAUUUUAAAUGAUUAGUUUUGUUAGUUGUAUUUGUUUCAUGAUCUAAAAUUCUAUUACUCAUAUUUCAGAUUUUAAUUUAUGUUUUAGUUUCGAAUAAAAUGCAUAAUUAGAAGUAGAAUACCAUUUUUUUACACAAAUAAAAAAUUAAAUCAUCAAUUAUUUGUAUACGCAAUUAUUGGUAUACGGAAUGAGUAUUUGUUUAGAUUAAAGAAAUGUGAGUUUUUCUUUUACAAAAAUGAAAGUGAGUUCACUAUUUAAAUGUCAGUUUCCACUAUUAAAAUAUCCAUGAAUAUUUAAAUUUGAAUCUGUAAACAUGUAGUAUAUAUUAAAAUUACAAAUAAAAUUUUUUUUUUUUGAUUCGAUCAAUCUUGGAUUCCAAAUAAUUUAUCCCUAAUUUGAUCUGGAUCUGAAUAUCAAGAUUUUGGAUUGGAUCGGGUCUUGGACUCCGAAAAAUAAUUUCAUUCAUAGCUAGCCAGACUGUAGGUUUCAUUGGUCACAAUUGUUUAUUUAAGACUAUAGGUUUCAUUGGUCACAAUUGUUUAUAAAUAAAACAAUAUAAAUAUGAAUGCAAUACGAACGUUGAGAAGCAAGUGAGUGAGAGAGAAAGAAGAAACAAUGGAGAAGAUCGAGCACACGACGGUUUCCACCAAUGGCAUCAACAUGCACGUAGCUUCAAUAGGUUCAGGUCCAGUCGUCCUAUUCCUCCACGGCUUCCCCGAUCUCUGGUACUCAUGGCGCCACCAGCUUCUCUCUUUCGCCGACUUAGGUUACCGCGCAAUCGCUCCUGAUCUCCGAGGUUACGGCGAUUCCGACUCGCCGCCGUCUCAUGAAUCGUACACCCUACUCCAUAUCGUCGGAGACCUCGUCGGUUUGCUGGACUCGCUCGGCGUUGACCAGGUUUUCCUAGUUGGCCAUGACUGGGGAGCCAUCAUCGCGUGGUGGAUGUGUAUGAUCCGGCCUGAUCGAGUCAAGGCGCUGGUGAACAUGAGCGUUGAGUUUCAUCCGAGGAAUCCUUCUGUGAAAACUGUUGAUGCGUUUAAGGCUUUGUUCGGCGAGGAUUACUACAUCUGCAGGUUCCAGGAGCCUGGAGAUAUUGAGGAAGACUUUGCUCAAGUUGAUACGAAGAAGUUAGUAAAUGGUUUUUUCACUUCGCAUAACACACGCCCACCUUGCAUUCCAAAGUCAGUUUUCAGAUAUUUACCUGAUCCACCUGCUUUACCUGGUUGGUUCACCGAGCAAGACGUCUGUUUCUAUGCAGACAAGUUUAGCCAAAAAGGCUUCACUGGUGGACUAAACUACUAUCGCGCCAUGAACCUAAGCUGGGAGUUAACGGCUCCGUGGGAUGGUCUACAGAUCAAGGUCCCUGUGAAGUACAUUACGGGUGAUCUUGACCCUACGUACCACAUCCCCGGAACAAAGGAAUACAUACAUGAAGGUGGUUUGAAGAAACAUGUUCCAUUUCUACAAGAAGUGGUGGUGAUGGAAGGUGUUGGUCAUUUCCUUCAGCAAGAGAAGCCCAAGGAAAUCACUGAUCAUAUCUAUGGUUUCUUCAAGAAAUUCUGAACCGGCGAAAUCAAGUUCUGCUGAGCUUCCUCAAAGGCAAUUUCUUGGUGUGAGCUUCUACUUGCAAUGGGAUUUGAAAUGAAAGGAUAAUGUGUGUAUUUUUUUACUUGUUUAAAUAAGACAUUCCCUUCUCUCCUCAAGAUAUUUGAGAGAGCUUUCUCAAAAAAAAGAAAAAAAAAUUGAGCGAGAGAAGUUCAUCUCUUUUUUAUUUUAAUUCCAUAUUUAUCUGAAUAAUAAUCAAUUCCGACUUAUUCGGAUCUUGUCUUCCGUUCAGUCAAUCGGACAAUACAGUUUUCAGUUAAUCUGAAUCUGUUUUUGUUAAUCCUUUGGCUUCUCUCUCCUUCUAUUUCAGAUGAAAUGCGAAAUUACUAAUGCUUUGAGCAAUCUAUUUUUUUUGUUCAUGGCAUUCUAAUCCAUCUUUUCAAAAGAUGUAAAUCUUUGCUUCCUUGUGAUUUAUAUUAUACACGCAUCGUAAAAGAGAUAGUAGCCGGUUUACAUUUGGGUUUUGAGCAUAAUAUUGUUGACAACAAAUGUCAUUUGUAUUUUAUAGUUAAAGGAUUAUUAUUUGAUGUUAUAGAAUUAUACGUAUAAAUUAAAGCAUUAUAUUUACACACAAUUUAUUUAUUUUAAAUUAAAUACGAUGUUUUAUUUUUGAUAUGAAAUUAUUAGUUUUUAUCUUUUAUGAUUUUUAU